AUGUGCUGUUUGGAAAGAGAGGGCCCGGUUGAAGAAUUUGAUGUUGAAAUAUCAGAUACUCAUGCGCAAAUACAAGAUGAUGAUGUACCCACAUUGUGCGAACUGGAGUAUACUCUUAAAAAACUGAAUAUAAAUAGAACCCCUGACCCAGAUGGCAUUAAGGCCGAACUUUUUAAUGUAAAUGCACCGGAGUUGAACAAUGAGCUUUUAAAGGAAAAUAUCAAUGUGAUAUUUUUGGAAGUAAAAUCUACUGUAAACCAAAUACACAAACUUAGACAAAUCCUCGAAAAGACAGAAGAAUACGGAAUUGAUACUAACCACUUGUUUGUCGAUUUUAAGGCAACUUAUGAUUGUAUCAACAGGCUUAAGCUAUUUGAGACGAUGUGUGAACUUGGAAACUCUCCCAAACUUACCGAUCUUGCCAAAAUGACAUUACGAAGUGUAAAAUGCUGCAGAGUUAAACUCAUGUCUGACGUAUCAGAAGUAUUCUAUACCGAGAGAGGUCUUAGACAAGGAGACUCUCUGUCUUGCAUUUCAUUUAAUACUGCCCUUGAAAAAGUUAUAAGAGAUUCAGGCAUCAACACUAUUCUGCAGAGAUCUAUACAACUACUAGCCUACGCAGAUGACAUUGAUAUAGUUGGGCGAACAAUGUAG